UUCGAUCGAUUAAUUCAAGUUUCUUGGCGCCACGUCUGUGAAAAAAAAAUAUACAGGAAAAAAUUUGUUGAACGAGAGAAAGAGACAGAGACAGAGAGAGAAAGAAGACGAUUAUGUUUCUGGAUGUGAAAUAGUCGAGGUGACAGAGAAACAACAUCGGAAAGCCCUUUUGUCGUACGAGUGAAAGACGUGGGAAGGAGUCCGACUAUUCGUUCAUGGCGAGAAAGAGAAAAUGAGAAAGAGAGAGAGAGAGAGAGAGAGAGAGAGAUGGUGUUCUCGGGAACGCUCCAAGAGACAGAGAGAAGAGAGACGAGGUCAACAAGGUGCCCGAUAUGGUAUCCUACGUUGGCCACGCGAGUGUGUGAGAGAGCUCGUUCAAUGCGAGAACCCUCUCUGCAUUAGGAAGACUUUCCUAAGAGAGAUACAACAUGGAUUCGCACGUGGGCCUCGACUAUAUCGUGGACAAUCCCGACUAUUGCAUAAAACUUGCUUCGGCAUUGGACACGGCGUGCACUUCGGUGAAGAAACAAGUCGUUGAAUUACUCUCAGCGCUCUGUGUUUAUAGUCAAGAUGGUAGGCAGCGUGCUAUUGAUACGCUUCACACGUAUCAGGAACGUAAAGGGGAACGUUAUCGAUUGCGAGUCGUGAUCGACGAGCUGCAGAAAGCAACGGCCGAAGAUUACCAGACAGUAUUGCUGGCAUUUAUCAACUGUUUGGUUAUUUCAACGCCAGAACUGAAAGAUCGCAUACGUAUCCGCAACGAGUUUAUCGGCCUUAAACUACUCCCAAUCCUGAACGAGCUGCGGAAAAGCCACGUUCCGGAUCUCAGAGUGCAAUUGGAUGUUUUCGACGAUCAACGGGAAAGCGACGAAGUAUUAUCGAACAACGGACCACCGGAAAUCGAUUUGUCCUCGCACGUUGAUAUAUUUUAUGCUAUUCUUGGACAGAUCGCAGACACCCCACAGGAAAUACCAUUCUUGAGUAUUCUCCAGCAUCUGUUGCGACUGGAUCCGAAAGAUGCUGCGAGUGAUUUAGCCUGGGACACAGCUGAAACCCUGGUCCAUCGUGCAACGUUAUUAGAAAGUCGAGAGGACGUCACGAAAUUACUCAGAUCACCUAGUCUUCAGACGAAUAAUCUAUGCUGUCAUUGUCGAGGAAACGAUCAGACGUGCGGUACGUCUCGAAAAGCGUCACUUCCGGUGAGCAAUACAACCGCACCGUUGACAUCAGCAACGAAUACAUCGGUAACAACAACAACAACAACGCCGCCUAAUCCACCCCCUAGUACUGCUUUCCUAUUGCCACCACCACCUCCCCCACCGCUCUUUAUUACACCGGCCAACUCGAAUGCACCAAUGGAACCACCAUUGCCACCACCGUUACACGUGCCGCAAGUUACUCGUGCUCCUACUCCCGAAGUACCCAACAAUCAUGCGAGAUUACUUCCUCAACAGGAGACACCUACUCCGAAGACUAAAAUGAAAACUAUCAAUUGGAACAAGAUUCCUAAUCACAAGGUGAUCGGUAAACGAAACAUAUGGUCGUUGGUUGCAAACGAACAUCAGAAUCUUCCCAACGCUGAUUUAGAUUGGGCAGAGAUGGAAGGGUUGUUUUGUCAACAAGUACCACCGAUGAUGCCACCGGUAACUUGUUCAUCAACGUUUGGAACAGGCAUGGAUGCUGAAAAACGUCGACGAGAACCAACCGAGAUUGCUUUAUUAGACGGAAAAAGAAGUUUGAACGUUAAUAUAUUUCUCAAACAAUUUCGAAGUUCGAACGAGGAUAUAAUUCAAUUGAUAAAAGAUGGCGGACACGACGACAUCGGUGCGGAAAAGUUACGGGGUUUAUUGAAGAUUCUACCCGAGGUGGAUGAAUUGGAAAUGUUGAAAAAUUUCGACGGCGACAAAUCUAAGCUUGGAAAUGCCGAAAAAUUUUUUCUUCAAUUAAUUCAAGUACCUAAUUACAAGCUAAGAAUCGAGUGUAUGCUUUUGAAGGAAGAAUUUGCAGCAAAUAUGAGUUACCUGGAACCGAGUAUAAAUUCGAUGAUUUUAGCUGGGGAAGAUCUAAUGACUAACAAACCACUUCACGAGGUCCUUUACAUGGUCCUGGUAGCUGGAAACUUUUUAAAUUCGGGCGGUUACGCAGGAAACGCAGCUGGCGUUAAAUUAUCUUCCUUGCAAAAGUUAACCGAAAUUCGUGCUAACAAACCGGGAAUGAAUUUAAUACAUUACGUCGCUUUGCAAGCCGAAAGGAAACGAAAGGAUUUGUUGAAUUUUGCCAAAGAUAUGAGUGCUUUGGAAGGAGCGACUAAAACAACGAUUGAACAAUUGAACAACGAAUUCAACUCGUUGGACACGAAAAUCAAAAAGAUCAAAAAUCAAAUUCAAUUGCCAUCAACGGAAAGUGAUAUUCAAGAACAAAUGGCACAAUUUUUACAAAUGGCUGAACAAGAAAUGGCACAAUUGAAACGUGACAUUGAAGAAUUGGAAAACGUUCGGCGAACGUUAGCUGAAUUUUUCUGCGAGGAUACGAAUACCUUCAAAAUAGAGGAAUGUUUUAGGGUAUUCCAUCAAUUUUGCCAAAAAUUCAAUCAGGCUGUUGCGGAAAACGAAAGGCGAAGGAUUCAAGAGGAACAAGUAUUGGCAAGGCGAAAACAACGGGAAGAACAAUUAAUGGCUAGAAAGAGAUUACUAAGUAAUCAAGCAGAAACACCUGGUUCCGAAUCCGAAUGUAAUCUAAUGGAUUAUGGUCUUCUUGAUCUUCAUACUGGUUUACCUCAAAGAAGUUACAGUCGUAGCGAAGCAAAGAUCAAAAGGUUACAAAACGGUGUUGUUACCUCGGACGACGAUAUUUCCAUUACCGGUUCACCAAACAUAAGACGAAGAUUAGGCUCAUGUUCCGGUGGUCCUGAACAACAGUCUACCAAAGAAGAUACUUAUUCUCCAGACAUAACGCCUAACGGUACCCUUCGUCGAAGAAGGAGUCGAAUACCGUGCGAAGAUGAUGAUGGUAAUUUAAUGGAUUUUCUCCGAACUUCCGGUCAGGAGAAUACUCGAGAAAGAAAAUCCUGGGGCAGUUUGGACCGAUCGUGGGCUAGAAGAGCACGCGGCCAAACGCGAAGAGGUGAUCUUUUGAAUGCCGAUUUUUCGGCUGAUCGUGAAAGGCCAAGUUCGCCAUCACCCUUAGCCGAAAGCAAACCAUUUUUACAGGAAGAGGAAGCAAAGCCAGGGAAAGCAUGGAGACAAAAAAUCGAGGCUUGGCUGUCAGAAAACGAGAAGGAAGAUCGUGCGGGAGAAGAACUUCAAAGAAAGGCCAGACAAUUGCGUCAAGCAAAUCGAAGGUCCUUCGAAGACUCAGAAAGUGAAGGCAAGAACUCCAUCAGGAAUACCCUGGCUGAAGACGAUUCUAUGCACGAAGGUUAUUCCGAAGUUUACGACUGGCGGCCAUCCGUAGAGAAAACGGAUGUUAUGCGCACUAUGGAAGCAAUCGAAGAAGCUCAACCGAACCCAUCGCAGAAAGACAAAUCACCUUGGCGAAAGUCGAGUUUGAACGUACCAAAUAGUAUGGAAGAGACUGAUCCACGUUAUUCUCGUAGGCUAAGAUCCAGAUUAAGUAUUGAGAAUAUUCUUGCUCCUAGUCCGUUGCAAGCAAUCAGAGAAGAGGACAGAAAGAAGAACAAGAUCAGCGAGGCGAUUAAUGCGAACACUCCGGAUGAAUUAACUAUUUAUCUUCUACAACCUUAUGCGGGCUCGCAAACUACAAAUACCAGAAGAUUCUCGAAAAUUGUUAAGAAAACUAAUAACGAAGAUGAGAGCAGCAACAUCAGUGACAAGAUCGAAAUUGAUUCGGAUAAUAUUGAGACACCACCGGCAACCAGACGACUUAUCAGUCCACCUAAGGAGGUUAAACCGGUCGAGAAAGAACCUUGUAAACGAGAAAGAUGCAGUAGUUCUCUUCAAAGUCGAGAAUCUAAGACUGUUCCGUUGAAACCUGUUAGCGUAAAUGCUGAUCUUGGUACCGGAAAUUUCGAUAGAUACUCAGCGACAAGGAGAACAAGAAGAUAUAAAAAGAUGUCUGAUCCUACGGAUAAAGAGACAAAGAAAGAAGAACCGAUAAUAGGUCAACAGCAAAUCUUCGAAGAGAAAGCAACGGAACGGCCGAGUACAUUGUCAUUGGUUGAAGAUGGUCAAGAGGAAGAUGCGAUGCUUCGAGUUUGGCAGGACAAAUUGAAACGUUCGGAAGUAGCUACGACGGAGAAGAUCGAUGCCGCAUUGGCUGAGAUUGCAAGAUCGGGCGAAGAUCUUCAACAUUUGUCACGUUCGAGUGUUCAAAGAAAUUCCAGGCUACCUGUGAGUCAACCACCCCCUGUGGUUGCUGUUACUAAUACAGUUUUAAGUCCGGUGAUGCAAGAAUCCAGGCCGAGGGAACCAAUAACGAUCUUAACCGAAAGGGCAGUCAGUAGUCGUGAACGUCACAGAAGUAUGAUUGAUCCGAGCCAAGUGAAGGAAGCUAUCAGAGUUACUAGCAGCCCACCAAGUCAAAUCAAUCAAAGUCCGAUCAGGAAUUUAACCUGCGAGCAAACUACAACGUCGGAUCGUAAGAUCGUAGAAGAUAACGUGAUCUCGAUCGAUCAAACGGAUCUGAACGAAGUCUCUUCUAACGUGGAUACUGAUUUAAAGAGUGGAUCCAAUGAAGGAAUCGAAACGAUUACCAACGAUCCACCUAAACAGAAUUCCAUGUUCAGAAAUAGGUUCAUUCCUGAUAUAAACGUAACCAAUGCGUCAUCCUUGUCUUUAGGCUCGACGGUUAAAGGUAGAGAUCAGGAAUUGAACGACGAAGGUUUCGAGGAAACCCAAAGCCUAGUCUCGGAAUCUUUGAGUCAAGAAACAUCAUCCGGUAAUUACGAAACCGACGCACACGAUUCUACGCGAUAUUCUCCAGCGGAGUUACGUUACGCUGGUACUAUUGUUAGCCAAUGUCGACCUAACGACGAUGAAGAAGAGGAAGAUGUACGACAUAUUAUCAAGGAACCGGUUAAAACUGUCUUCGCUAAGACUACAGUUCCUACAGUUAGAGCCACGAACAAUGAUAAAAGUUUUCUACCAAAACGUACGGCUAAUAAUAUUAAACGUGAAACUAAUAGGAAAGUUGACUCGUUAAAAAGGAAUCCUAUGGUAAUGGGAUCGAAUGUUAGAAACGAAGUUGAACGUUCUGGUUCUCGUAGUAGUCUACGUAGCUCGAGAAGUUCAUUGAACAGUGCUACCUCGGUUAACACCGUACGAAAUUUGGCACCCGCUCAUGCGCACCUUCGCAGUUACACGUCCGCCAUUCGUGCUUUGACCAAUGACCUAAGGAAAAGUAGUCCUUCUAAUACACCUUUACCGCCGACCGUGGUAAAAAAGGAUAACGAUAAGAGACGCGUAAAUCCACGGAUCGCAGUCACGAGGAUUCCUGCAAGUAGAAGCAGUAGCAGUGGUAGUAGCGUUGGUCCUGUUUUAAGAAACGUUAGAAAGACGAACAAUGCAAUUGUAGAAACGAUCUCAAAGGUGAACAAACCUCGAACGAUCGCUUCUCGUAGCAGUAGCAGUGGUAGCAGCAUAGGACAACAAUCAACGGUGUCCUGUCAACCUGCUGGUGAAAAAGUAUCACCUGCAAAGAGUCGAUUGAUCCAACCACGUGCUGGCUCGAAAAAUCAUAGUUUCAUGAGGCCGACAGCCGCCAGUGCUAGUAAAGGUUCUAUCCCGAAUCUUCCAAAAAGUAUCAAAGGCUUGAUCAAAUGAAUUAUUUCUUACUCCGAGAGGUAACAAUCUCUUAACGUUCGAAGUUUGUUUUUUUUUUUUUUUUUUUUUUU